UACAGCAUGGUUAAAAUAAAAUAAAAGCACACACAUAAGGUUACACUUCGCUUGCUCGUGAGUUUGACGCCCAUGUAAUGAUGCUGUAGAACAGGAGUGUAUAUGUGUACAGGCCAGACUCCACUGAGAGAGUGAGUGAGUGAGUGAGGGAGUGACUGCGGGGAGCGCAGUGAGUCAGGCCGCCGAGCACUGCACAUCCAAUGGAGCUGUGCGGAUCCCCAUCCCACUCCAGCUUACUGACCGCAUUUAUCACCACUCACAUGAUCUUCAGGGAUGGACGACGAUCUGGUGUGUGAAUAUGACUCCACCUGGGACACGGAGAGCGACGGCGACGAGCUGGAGAACACCGGCCGCAGCAAGAAAACACGGCCCGCUUUCUGGUCCAACUCCUCCUCAAGAAACCUCAGAGCGGCCAAGGACAUGCAGAACUACAGACACGGAUAUCCAAACAUCAAUGAAGAGGAAUGUCCAGAAGAAAGAAUGAUGAAUUUAAAAUUCUAUCUCAAUGAAAUUAAAUCGUCACCUGAUGAUGUGUCGAUUGAGACAUUUCACACCGAGUGGAGAACUGAUUACAAAAGACUGGAGCGAGUUCACUCCUACAUUCAGUGGUUGUUUCCUCUGCGAGAGCCAGGAGUGAACUACAUGGCUGCAGAACUCACCAAGAAAGAAAUCCAAGCCUUCAGAGAGAGCGAUGAAGCUAAGAGUCGUCUUCUGGAUUCCUAUGAGCUCAUGCUGGGUUUCUAUGGCAUGCAGCUGCUGAACAGAGAAACCGGGGAGGUGAAGCGCGCCGAGAACUGGAGGGAGAGAUUCGCCAAUCUAGAGAGAAACAUGCACAAUAAUCUCCGAAUCACAAGGAUACUCAAGAGCCUGGGAGAGCUGGGUUUUGAUCAUUUCCAAGCCCCUCUGGUGCGCUUCUUCCUGGAGGAGACCCUCGUCAGAAAGACCCUCAGCAGCGUUAAACGCAGUGUGCUCGACUACUUCCUGUUUGCCGUGCGGGACAAGCGUGAGCGCAGGAAGCUGGUGCGCUUCGCCUUCCAGCACUUUGAGCCCAAAGACAAGUUUGUGUGGUGCCCCAGAAAAAUCCAGAAACGCUUCAAGAAGAAGUCGGAGAAGAGGCAGAACUCUUCAGCUGGCAGCGGAGAGAGCGCAGUGCAGGACGAAGGUCACUCACCAUACAAAAAUAAAGACGGAGAAGCCGCAAGUGAGCCAAAACAUAGCAAGCCUGUCGCUGAUUUCACAGAUGCAAAGAAGCAAGUCGACAGUGACUCCAUAAUGAGAGUCAACUCUGAGAAACACUCAGAGGGCUCUGCAGAAGAUCAGGAGCCCAAUCCAGACGCUGUUCUCAGUAAUGGCACCGGUGUUAACAACGGAGAGACUGUCAGCGAUGAGCCGAGCUGUGCUGAAGGCCAACAGGUCAUCCAGAAGCCUGAGCAAGUGGCGGAGGCCUCGGAUGCUGGUUGUGAGCAUGUAGCCGGUCCAAGCGCAGGAUCAGCAGACUGUGACGACUCUCGGGACGAGACGGACCAUCUGCUCUGUGCUGCUGACUCCCAGGAGGAGCGUGAAGAAACUGCCUCAGGUACGAGUGAGGACAGGACAGUGACUGACAGCCCUAAACACAAUGCACCAACACAGUCUGAGAAGAUUCCCAGGCCUGGCAUGAUGAUGACGAGCGUCCAAUCAGAGAGCCAUGAGAAGAACGCAACGGACUGCAACCAGUCGAAUGGAUCGGAGAAGGAAGAGCCGAUGGACAUUGUGGACACGAGUUCAUGAAUGACUCCUGAACGAUAAAGCACUGAAAAUCGACACUGUAUGAACUUACAAG